AUGCCGAGAACGCUGGAGGCGACUCAAGUUCUGGUUGGACCCAAGCUUUUGCUCCCAGGGCCACCCUCCACCCGGGCGGCGUCACCAGUUGUAUCGUUCGAAGAGCUCGCCAGGAUCUUGGCGGAGGAGUGGGACAGCAUGCCUGAGGAGGCCAAGACCCCGUACCGACAGAGGGCUGACGAAGAACACCUUCGACACGAGACAAUGAGCGCUGCACUAGCCCUUACACAGAUCGGAACACCGUCUUUCCCUUCUGGCCCUACAACCCCGGUGCUCCCGCCCGGGAAGAAGGCCAGGCGCUGCCUGGAUAUCGGCACACCCAACUGGCAGUCACCGAGGCUCCCUCCCCAGGACGUUUGGGACUCCCCUCUCGGCCACGGAGGGUGCGGUUUCGUCCCCAACCUUGCGGGGCUGCCGGCAGCAGACGACCCAGCCGGCCUCCUCUCCGAAGGCGGCGCCGCGAACAACGGCAACGGGAACGCCACCGCCGCGCCGCCGUCAUCCACGGCGACCCCCUCGAGGUUGCCCCCCUGGUCGCCGCCCCCAUUCUCCUUCUCUUCUCCCCCCAAGUCGCUAUCGCACAGAAGUUCUGACGUGGUACGCAGACGUGACGACGCCGGAGCGGUCGCCGACGAUGCGGCGGCGGAGGACCGGCGCACUCGUGCACGCAGUUCCGCGAGUGCCCCGCACUCUGCUGCUGUUGCUCCUGCCGGUGGUGGUGCUGUCGAGGCGACCCCCGAAAACGUUGGCGAUGGCCACAGGAAUGCCGGUUGGCCGAUGGGCCUGGUCGGACUCACCGUCCACCCAGCGGCGGGGACGGUGGCAGCUGUUGACAAGGAUGGAGGUUGCCAGUCGCCCGAGACCAUCUCGCGGACCGCCCUCCAAGGAGAAGCAUCGAAGAAGAGCGCCGCCGGCGAGAAACGGAAAACCUCUUCCUUGUCGUCGUCUUCCACUUCCGCCGCCGCUGCCGCUUCUCCUUGGUCGAUCUCCAAGAAACUGCUCGAGGAGCGGGCUCGAAAGGCGGAGUACAAGGCUGGGAGGGAGCUGGUGUCCAAGAUGUCCAGGAAAGACUCUGCCAGGCCAAAGGGUCCUCAAAGUUCUUAUAUCGUGUUCUACACAGAGAAGAUGGCUUCGUUCAAGGCGGCUAGGCCCGGCAUGAGCAUUACGGAUAUCGCAACAGCGGUCGGCGAGGCCUGGCGCAGGCUGUCCGAUGAGAUGAAGCUUCCCUACACGAAGAAGGCCGAGGCCGAUCGCAAGCGCUACGAGGACCAGCUGCGUGCCAUCGCACGUAGCGCCGCUACCUCCGCCGCCACGACAACGACCGGCGCCGCCCCCACUGCCACCAUCGCCCCUACCUCGUUCCUUCGCAAUGUCUGA